GCCUUGCUUCAGCGUGCUGUUUUGUCAGACAAUGUGUAGAAUACUAGAUGCUGGAACAGCUCGACAAGAAAAUCAAGUAAAGGAUAAAGGGAUUCAUUGGGCCCUGGUACUGAACUAAAAAACGACUCAAAGAAUCCUCAAUAGAAGAGCACCAUGCAUGCUUUGCCUCACCUGGAAGAAUCCUCAAUGGAACUAGCUUGGUAGGCAUGGAAGCUAGGCCAAACCAUUAAUUUCUGCAAGAAAUGGAUUGGAGCUGCAUACCUAGCUUGCACCGCAGAACCGGUGUUGAGGAGAAGAAACCUACCAAACCCAACCACGCACCUACGCAAAUGCAUGCAUAAUCCAAUGCACCAUUGGCCAGCCUCCUAGCUCCUAGCUCGUUCGUCAUCGUUGGUCCAAGUUCAAUUAUAGCCAAGCUAAACUGAACUAAGGCUAGCGAGGUAGCUGCUACCGGCCGGCACCAGAGCAGCCGCUGGUGCCAUGGCCGAGCUCGCGGCCGGCGCCGUGAGCUCCCUGCUGGGCGUCCUCCGGAACGAGGCCCUGCUGCUGCGGCGCGUCGGGCACGACGUGGAGUUCAUCAAGGAGGAGAUGGAGAGCAUGAACAGCUUCCUGGAGCACCUGGCCAGGACGACGCCGCCCGGCGGCGAGCACGACGAGCAGGUGCGCACGUGGAUGAAGCAGGUCCGGGACCUCGCCCACGACUGCAGCAACUGCAUCGACCGCUACCUGCAGCGCGGCGACCCGGCGAUCCACCGCGCCCGGAGCGGCCUCCGGCGCUACGCCUGGUGGGCUUACUGGCUGGUGCAGGAGAUGCUCGCCCAGCACGCUGCCGCCGUCCGGCUGCGCGAGCUCAAGGAGCGGGCUCGCGACGUCGGCAACCGGCGGGUGAGGUACGGCGUGGAGCUCCCGCGCAAGUCACCGGAAGGUGCUGAUAUGCUUGCUGGCAGAGAAUACAAGGAAGGAGAAGGAGGAGGCGGCGACGACGAUGACGACGUUCAUAAUCAAGUUAUGACAGUGGCAGCCUACAGCUCUGAUGCCCGUCGAAGAGCUCUAGAGCCUUGCACUCUGGAGGACUACUGCACCAGGAAGCUAGCCGAGUGGCUCGAGCUGCAAGCCAACACAAAAAUGGAGGGGUCGAUUCCAUCCAUCUCCAUAGUCGUGCCGGAUGCAGCACGCGCCAGGGCCAUUGCACGUGAAGCUCAGGAUUUGGCGCAGGCUCGUUGUUUCCAGAAAUCAAUCUGGAUCGACCUGCCGAAUGUGCAGCAAUCGUGGGAUCUCCCACUGCUAACCAGGGAGAUCCUCUCCUACAUCCUGCAUGAAUGCGAGGGAGACCAUCGAUCGCAUUACGAUCACAGAAGGCAUGUAUUCAAUACCAUGUGGGAAAAGGCCGAUGGAAUAAACGUCCACGAUAAGAUUAAGGAAGUCGGGACUAAGAUUGGAGAAGUCGAGAAGAAGAUAGUAGAAGCCGAGGGGAGCAAUAAUAGAGCUGAUGAAGGAAGCAAGAGCUCUAUCCCCUCCGAGGAACCCUUAGGUGUACUCCUCCAUGCUCUGAGGCUCAACACAGAGGGGCCUCACUCACGUCAGGAGCAAGAGCCAUUGUCAUCGUUUGGAAAGAUUCUAAAUGAGACCGCCGAGAUGCUCAAAUGGCAUAUGGAAGCUGUUUCUGCAGCUGCAGGGAAGGAGCCUAAGAAGCCCCCAAUUUGUCUCCAUGUUACACAAUAUGAAGACAUACUACAGAAGGUGUACCCUAACCUAGCCAGUGGCAGGAAGCUCCCAGAAGAAGCAGGUGAUUCUGCUACUUCUGCAACCGGAACCCCCACUGAUCUGCUCCCCAAAGAAGUCACCCACAACCACAAGAUUACACUAGAAGUUAUACGGGAGCUGCCUCCCGAGCCCCAACUGCUGCCAGGCCCUGCGGUUGGCGGCGUGCAACAGGCCAAAGGUGAUGCCAAAGAUCAAACCAAGGAGGGUCAACCUGUCGACAAGAUCCCAUCGGAGAACAAUGCCAAAGAUCAAACCAAGGAGGGUCAACCUGUCGACAAGAUCCCAUCGGAGAACAAGAAGACACGGCUGGUGAUCAAAGGGACAGUCGACAUGGUUACGCUAGACAUGAUAGGGGGAGCUGCUGCCAAGAGCCAAGCAAGUACAGAUACCCCAGGUGGUAAAAGUGGGAUAAAAAAUAGAGCCAUUGCUGCUGCUGUCAAAGAAGCAAAGGAGAGCCUCCCCAGGAUAGAAUGGCCGAUUAGGAGGCAGCUGAUGAUCAAAGGGAUAGUGGACGAGAUUAAGAAGCAUCUAGAAGGUAAAAAGACCCUGAUUAUCCUCCAAGAUGAAAAAGACUACGUAUCACGGUACUGGGAGGAGACCAGGAAAACUUUGGGGCUGUUGGGGGAUCUUGCCACUGCUGGCAGUUCGGUCGCAGUGAUAAUCAUCACCUCCAAAAACGAGAAGGCCGAACAGUAUUGCUAUCCGCAGGGGGAGCCUAUAAUCUAUUCUCUAGUUGGUCUCUACCAUAAUAUUGUGCUCCAGCUUACAAGCCUGCAGCAGGCCCAUGCAGAAAAUGAAGAUGGCAGCAACAAUUCCAAGAUUCUCCGUGCGAUCCUGGAUAAGUGCGAUCCGCACGAAUUUUGCAUGAAGAUGUUUGCCCAUGCUCUGUAUGCGAAUCCUAAUAGGAGCAAAGAGGAGCUGAAAAUGUUGCUUGACACCCUGCAGCAUCCGAAGAAAUCAUUGGCCACCAAUGCUAAAAAGAUAUUCAAGUUCUCUUAUAGAGAUCUACCUAGAGAACAUAAGACUUGUUUGUUAUACCUAGCUAUCUUCCCUCAAGGUCACAAAAUCAGUAGAUCAAUCUUGAUAGGGCGAUGGCUUACAGAAGGGUUGAUAACCAAGGAAGAUUGGCCAGCUGCAGUUCGUCAUGCUGAGAGAUGUUUUGAUGCUCUCAUCGACCGGUGGCUUCUUUGGCCUGGCGAUAUUGGUGUUGCAGGGAGGGUCAAGAGUUGUGUGCUAGGUGAUCUAAUCCAUGGAUUUAUAACCAAGGCUGCCAAGAAACAACACAUUCUGGACGCACGGCUAUCACACCUCUGGGCUCACCACUUCUCCAUCUUCAGUGGUCUUCGACUGCGAGCCUCUGAUAGCAUCGACAAGUUUGUGAAGAAGCUACCUACAUAUUCACCUCAACUACCAUCGCUGAAGCUGCUAGAUUUAGAAGGUUGCCAUUGCUUGGACAAGAAUCGCCGCUACCUCAAGGACAUUUGCAGCAGGAUAUUUCUUGUCAAGUAUUUGAGUCUAAGGGGAACAAACAUUACCUAUCUGCCCACUGAAAUCAACAACCUCCAUGAGCUUGAAGUAUUGGACAUCCGGCAAACCAAGGUGAAUGAGUGCGCUACAAGAGAUAUUGUGCUCCUAAAGCUAAGGCGCCUGCUUGCUGGUCAUGUUGAUCCCAGAGCUAGCAGUGAUGACAAGCUUGUUAGGGAUGACAAGUCAUUCUCCUAUGUCCGGAUCCCUCACAAGAUUGAGAAAAUGGAAAACAUGGAGGUACUAUCAAAAGUCAAGGCUUCAAGGAAAGGACGCGAGUUAAAAGACAUUAGAAAGCUAUGGCAGCUCAGGAAGCUCGGUGUGGUUAUCGAUGAUAAUGAAGAUCACCUCAGGAAUUUUCUUCGAGCAAUCGGUGACCUUAAUGAUUGCCUCCAGUCUCUUUCAAUCACUAUACCCGAAACCACAAGUCAAGGUGCCAACCCCGACAAUAAGAACUUCUUGCAGAAAGAUAUUUACAAUCGCUUGAUACAGCCUCCCAAACUUCUUGAGAGCCUAAGCAUCAACGGAUCCACACAAAGGGUGAAGCUUCUGUCAUUGUUGGCCACAGGUGGCGAUGAACUUGCCAAGGUAACUCUGAGUCGCACCUUGUUGAAAGAAGAGAAUCUGACAAGCCUUGCAGAGCUUCCCAAAUUACAUUGUGUCAGGCUCCGACACAAUGCAUACAGCGGGAAAGAGCUUACCUUCAAAGAGAAUGAUUUCAUGCACCUCAAGUACUUUAUUGUUGAGGGAACAAACAUACCCAACAUUGAAAAAAGCAUGACCGAGACUGAUAUCAAGUUUGAAGAUGAAGCAGCUCCUGAGCUUGAGAAGAUAGUAUUGUCCUUUACCAACAUAAGGUCUCUUUGUGGGAUCGGCAGGCUUAAAAAAUUGAAGGACCUUGAGUUAACACGCAACAAAUUCCUUCUUUCAUUUUCUCAUGAUGGAGAAACUCAUAAUGAAAACACUGACAGUGGAGUUCCCAAACAAAACAAUCAGAGUGGAGCACCUGAGCAAAAGACUCAGAACAAAACUCCCUUGCAAAACACUCAAAACAAAGUGGUGGAGCAGAACACUCAGAAUGGAGCUGUGGAGCAAAACACUCAAAACGAAGCCCCCCAGCAAAACAGUCAAAGCAGAGCUGUGGAGCAGAACACUCAAAGCAGAGCUGUGGAGCAGAACAUUCAGAAUGAAGCCCCCCAGCAAAACACUCAAAGCAGAGCCAUAGAGCAGAACACUCAGGAUGGAGCUCCUGAGCAAAGUGCUGAGAGUGGAGCUAUGGAGCAGAACACUCAGAAUAGAGCUACGGAGAAGAACACUCAGAACAAAGCUCCCGAGCAAAAAACUCAGAGCAGAUUCAUAUUCGAGGAGAAAGAGUUCGAACAUCUCAAGUAUUUUCAUGUCGAGGAUGACAAAAUUACCAAUAUCAUCUUUAAAAAAGGAGCAGCUCCUAAGCUUGAGAAAAUCGUCUUGUCCUUGACAAAUGGAAACUCCAAUCUUACUGGGGUCAGAAACCUUUCAAAACUGAAGGAGAUCGAGUUGAUAGGUGGCAAAUUUCUCCUUUCCUCAUUCCACGAAGCAGAUCAAAUUACCAAGGUGACUCUCCGCGACACCCACCUAAAGAAAGAUGAUCUAAAAAGUUUCCCCAUGAAACCAAACCUGCGCUGCCUAGAGCUCUCGGAAAAUUCUUAUGAUGAAAACCAAAUUUCCUUGGACGAAAAUGAGUUUCCAAAUCUUGACCUUCUUAUUGUUGACUGCUCUAAAAUCAACAGUAUUGGCUUCAGCAAUAAAUCUGCUCCUAAUCUGGAGAAGAUCGUUUGGACCUUUAAAGAGAUGAAGGCUCUAUCUGGCAUCAACUACCUUCCAAAAUUGCAGGAGCUUGAGCUCAAUGGUGAAAUUGUCCCUCGUGAAGUGAGGAAAGACAUUAUAGCUCAUAAAGGGCAGCAUGUUCUUACUCACAAGAAGCCACAGCAACAAGGCCAGGAAAAAAGAAGCACGACAGAAGAGGAUGAUGAGGAAGGAUUUUCACUGUCCUCCUGCUUCUCGAGGAUCAAGAAUCAGCAGUAGCUGGCUCAGGAAAGGUUCCAAGGUUUCCCUUCUCCAUCCUUCUUAACUCCAUCCGUUCAUCAUCAAU